AUGGGAUCCUGUCUGUCCCGAUCCAAAUCCAGCGGUGGGCGAACGGUCGGAUCGAGCUCAACAAGCGGCGGUGCAAGAGCAACAUCCAACAACGCGGCCGCACAAUCGCAAUCCGAAAGAGAAGCGAGGGCAGCAGCUGCUGAAGCUAGGAUAGCAGCUUCGAACAAGAGGGGCACCGGUGGCAAAGGACCUGGAACGUUGGCUAGAAAGCUGCAAGAGGAAAAUAGGAGCGGUGGAACUGGUGGUGCGGGACAACCUUUGCCCGAGAGGGUCGUUUAUGACUAA